UGGUUGACGAAACGCUCAGUGCCGAAUGAAAACAAAAGAUUAAUUCACCGUACGCAUUCCCGUCCCUAAUAAGUGAUUUUAUGAGACAUCUCAGGUGUCGUUUACCCUCGAAGUUACGAUGGAUUACGGUGGAAACGUCAGUGACGCAUCUGAGGACAUAUUCUCCGACGAUGACGAGCCAUCCGACGUCAGCUUCACGAGUCCAGAUCCCAAGGUCAACACAUCGUUCUUCAAUCUAUCUCAAACUCCUGUUUUACUCCACCACCAAAGAGAAGAGACACCAGGCAAACCCAUCGUGCCAAAAACCCCCCUGACCCUGGCCCCUUUCAUAUCAAAGGCUGACGAUUGGACCAGUGAUAUGGAAACACCACAGGGGAAACGAGAUCUACCAAUGCGCUCGAAAAACGCUGUUCUUGACUCCAAUAAUGUUGAUGAUGACUUGACUCAAACAGCCGAGCCAGUCUUAACCCCAGCGCACCUGAGGACCGACGAAACAAACGAGGAGAUAGUGCCCCUCUCCCAGGAGCUGCCCCCCAGAAAAAAGCAAAAGCGUGUACCAAAGAGAAGAAUCUUCGAUAAAAACAACACAAACUUUCCACCAUUGUACGAAGACGACGACUCUGACGAGGUGCCCCAGCACCCCAAAGCGAGGAAGUCUCAAUCCCUCAUAGUUGCUCCUCAGUCGAAGUCCCCCCUCCAAAAGCUGGAAAAAUUGAAAGCCCUCCAGAAGCGAAUGCGAGAGAAAAAGGGCCUGGAAACCCUGACAGACGAUGCAAUCCCUGACGACGAGUUCCUGAGAAGCUGCAGGGACCUGGAGAUGUGUGACAGACUCCCCCAGAGGGGCCACAUCGAGGCAGCCCCCACAAGGACAUCACCCUCAAGGGAUUCCACAGAGGAGUCUCCACUCACUCCAACGUGGAAAGACCUCGAGACCCAGCAGCAAGAGACAGUUGCCCAGGCGACAAUUACCCAAGAGACAGUUGCCCUGACCCCUCCGACCGCCCUCCAAACCAUCAGACAAGACACUUAUUCCCAAAUUGAUCUUGGUAUCGAUCACAUCGAGGAGGAGGACGACGACUACCUGGAAAAAACCUUCACCCUGGAAGGAGAAGAGAUCGAGAUAAAAAAAGAGAUGAUAACAAUUGAGGAACCAGAGGACGGUUUCAGAGGAUUCUCCAAGGCUGAACAAGAGAGCAAAGAGCUCUGGGAAUUCCAGCGAAUAUUUGUGCUGCAGUACGGUGGACUGUCCCCCAAGAAACUAAACUUCCCAGGGUUCUCCUUCGUGGAGGAAGAAAUAGCCAAAACAAUCUCCCAGAACAACGACAUAUUCCUGAACAAUUAUCUGGAGAAAUACUACGGAAUUAGGAAGCAGGUGGAUCCCCUGGUGAUAACAAUUGACACUGAGUCAGAGGAGUCUCAGCCCACUGAGGAAAUCGUUCCCCAGCUGCAGUUGCUUCCACCACUGCUCAUGCCAGUCUAUUCUGGCUUCGACACAGCAAGUGGAAACAAAUUAUUCAUCUCUGUGGAUAAAAUCUUCGAGGAGAAGACGAAGCUCCAGAGGGACGAGCCCACUGAGAUGCACAGUAUUGACUUGUUGAUGAAUAAUCAAGCCUCAACGAAAGUACAAACUAGUAUUUAUCGAGAUAAAGAAAGUGUACAGAUAUUAGAGGAUAAAUCUAGAGAAUUAAUUAAGCCCAGUGAUAAAUCUGCAGACGAAAAGAGGUCUACAGCUGAUGAAAAUAUAGAAGAUAAUGUUACGAAUAGAGAUACAUCGUUAAUUACUAGUGAAAAAUGUGAUAAAAUAGUGCCUCCACCACUUAAAAUAGUGGAAUCUGUUUCAAAAGGGGUUGAACAACCUCAUAAAGACGAUUUUCCUGGCUGUGUUGGGUUCCAAACCCUUGGGAAAACCUCUAAUAAACCUGAAGAACCCUCCAGAGUCGACAAUCUAUUUAUUGACACCUCCAGCAAGGAUUACACAGAUUGUCUGAACGAAAUAUCGAAUUUGAAGAAGAAACGACGAUCUCUUCGCCUGAACAGAGUGGAAUCAGCUCCAAAAUCCUCGCCAAUGACUAAAGCAACAAUUGUCAAUCAAAGUUCAAACGACAACUGUGAUCCCAAGCCCUCGAGGACUUCCCCAUCUCCACGAGUACCUGACCCACAUGACGAACGACAGAUGAACCCCGAAGUCCCACGAGACAUGACCCCAGGAUGUGAAAAUAAUUCAAUUCCUCCUGCACCAGUCGAUUCUCCACAAUUGAGAAAUACUAAUUAUUCACCAGUGCCCAUUGAUCCACAGCCUAAUGGCCAAUUUCCUGGAUUUGUAACAGGAACUGGUAGAACAGUGGAGAUAUCGGAGAAGGCUUGGUCCAUGGGCCUGGCGAUGUUUGGUCAAGCUGGAAAGGAGGUCGCGGGUGACGCAGAGCCAUCAGCACCUGUAGAAUCGACUCUAAAAAAGUUGAAUUCCGUGGUGGACAAGCCAUUCACACCAUUGAGACCUCCAGAUAUGCAAAACCCUGCUGCUACUUCAAAAUCAUCAGCAUUCCCAUCUAAGCCAUCAACUGCCGUGAAUAUCGCAGAAUCAGAGUGUCAGUCGACUCCGAAUACCUCAAAUCCAAUAGUGGGAUUUAAAACUGGGAGUGGUGCCCCCAUAAACCUCUCAGAGGCUGCCCAGACCAAAAUAAAAGUCUCAAUGCAAGAAUUCUCACUAAAUUUAGAGGACGAAGACCCUGAUCUCCUGGAGCUAUCGAGUAUGAAGAGGAAAAUGUGGGCUCGAAGGAGAGAAACGACUGAAAAAAUCCCUCUGAAGAAGUCCACAGGUCCCCCACUGAUAGCCAAACCCUUCACACUGCUGAACACGAAGAAACCAGAGACUACUUCAACGUCAAGUACCUUCGUCUCAAUGCAAGAAUUCUCACCAAAUUUAGAGGAUGAAGACCCUGAUCUCCUGGAGCUAUCGAGUAUGAAGAGGAAAAUGUGGGCUCGAAGGAGAGAAACGACUGAAAAAAUCCCUCUGAAGAAGUCCACAGGUCCCCCACUGAUAGCCAAACCCUUCACACUGCUGAACACGAAGAAACCAGAGACUACUUCAACGUCAAGUACCUUCGUCUCAAUGCAAGAAUUCUCACCAAAUUUAGAGGAUGAAGACCCUGAUCUCCUGGAGCUAUCGAGUAUGAAGAGGAAAAUGUGGGCUCGAAGGAGAGAAACGACUGAAAAAAUCCCUCUGAAGAAGUCCACAGGUCCCCCACUGAUAGCCAAACCCUUCACACUGCUGAACACGAAGAAACCAGAGACUACUUCAACGUCAAGUACCUUCGUCUCAAUGCAAGAAUUCUCACCAAAUUUAGAGGAUGAAGACCCUGAUCUCCUGGAGCUAUCGAGUAUGAAGAGGAAAAUGUGGGCUCGAAGGAGAGAAACGACUGAAAAAAUCCCUCUGAAGAAGUCCACAGGUCCCCCACUGAUAGCCAAACCCUUCACACUGCUGAACACGAAGAAACCAGAGACUACUUCAACGUCAAGUACCUUCGUCUCAAUGCAAGAAUUCUCACCAAAUUUAGAGGAUGAAGACCCUGAUCUCCUGGAGCUAUCGAGUAUGAAGAGGAAAAUGUGGGCUCGAAGGAGAGAAACGACUGAAAAAAUCCCUCUGAAGAAGUCCACAGGUCCCCCACUGAUAGCCAAACCCUUCACACUGCUGAACACGAAGAAACCAGAGACUACUUCAACGUCAAGUACCUUCGUCUCAAUGCAAGAAUUCUCACCAAAUUUAGAGGAUGAAGACCCUGAUCUCCUGGAGCUAUCGAGUAUGAAGAGGAAAAUGUGGGCUCGAAGGAGAGAAACGACUGAAAAAAUCCCUCUGAAGAAGUCCACAGGUCCUCCACUGAUAGCCAAACCCUUCACACUGCUGAACACGAAGAAACCAGAGACUACUUCAACAUCAAGUACCUUCGUCCCAGCAUUGGGGUUCACAACGGCUGGUGGUGGGGCGAUAAAACUCUCAGAGGCUGCCCUGGAGCAGAUGAAAGCAGGCUUGGAAGCCUACACAGCAGACGUCCACGAGAACGACCUCGAUUUUUCAGACUUGAAGAAGAAAGUCUCGACUGUUCAACGUAAAAAGCUAGAUCCCAGUGGAGAUGAUUCGAAAACUUCAAGAGGUGCAGAAUUACCUCCGAAGAGGACAAGUCUCCCCUUCAUUUCGAAGCCCUUCACCCCUCUCAACGUGAGGAGACCAGAGAUUCGCCCCAACUCGACCCCAAUCACAUUAAAGUCAACCUGUGGUUUCACAACAGCUGGUGGAGGUGGAAUAAACCUCUCAGAAGCUGUCCAGCGAAAAAUUCAAGCUGACUUAAAGGCAUACAAUACAGAAGUCGACGAGAAUGAGCCAGUGGUAAAAAAUAAUUCCACAAAUUCUCGAAAUGAAAACCCCCCAGACUCAGCAAAACGAAAGAAUCCUUCGGAUGAUGUAACUCCAUUCGGUAGAAAGAGGGCAAGGACAGCAGGCACUGACCUCCAGGCUCGUAUUUUAUUCCACGAGAUUAACGAAGAAGACGACGAGAUAAUCCAGUCGUCCUUGGCACUCGAAAAUAAUCGCGAUACGGAAAACGACAGAAUUUUACCCUUCAAAAAUACCGUUUCCGAGGAAAUGAGAGCGAGCUGCGAGCGUCCAUCAAGCAGAUGGUCCGACAGCUCGUACCUCCCGUCCACCAGUUCUCGUCCCAUCGAGAGGAGGCCCUACUCCUUCCCCACAAAUCCAUCAACCGAAAAAUCAAAAACUGAUAAAAAACUCACGAAUCAAGAGUUGAUCCCCGACGACGUAGUCUUCGACAGUCAGGAGUUUCUCGAGUCCUACGAGAAAAUCUCCACGAAGAUAAAGCUGAACGAGGCGCUGGAGAGGAAAAGAAACGAGGCGAUUGCUAAACAAGAGAACCUGAUUGAAGCAAAGAGGAAAAAUAGAGCGAGGCAAAAUCCUGGUUCUCUGGUCCAGAUAAAAGAGAAAGACAAGUCCCUGAUGAUUUCUCUGGAGCAAUUGUGUUUUCCAGGAACGUCGCUAGCCCCUCGGGACCCCCGGGAAUUCCCACGUCUGAAGAUCGACCCAGCGGUGGCCACACUGACCUCCUCCACAUCUGAAAACUACCAGUUCAACCUGGAGGAAAUUUACAGAAAUGUCAGUAGAACCUGUGUCGAGGGGAUAUCAGUGGGGGACGGUGCCCUGUUGAUCCCAAACGAGCACAACUUGGCAGGAAUAACCGAGUUCAAACGGAGUUUUCUGGCCUCCCCAGGAGUGGACCCCACCCUCCUCCCCGACAACUGGGUGGAGAACCACUACAAGUGGAUAGUCUGGAAGCUAGGCUCGAUGGAUCGUCUGAAAUUCACGAGACUAGCCCCCCCGAAGUGCCUGACCCCAGACAGAGUCCUGAAGCAAUUGAAAUACAGAUACGACCGAGAGAUCGAUCGUGCAGAGCGUCCAGUUAUCCGACGGAUCCUGGAGAAGGACGAUGCCCCCUCGCGUCGCAUGAUCUUGUGCGUCUCUCGAAUAAAAAGAACAACGAUGAACAAGGAGACAACAAUAUCGAUGGAAUUGACCGAUGGCUGGUACUCAGUGGUCGCAGCCUUGGACACACCGAUGAUAAACAACAUUCUCUCUGGAAAAAUAAAGGAGGGAACAAAAUUAAUGACUUACGGCUCUCAAUUGAUGAACAUUGAGGAGGGCUGCCAUCCCCUGGAGGCCCCCUCCACCAUUCUUUUGAAAAUUAACACAAAUUCAACGAGACGAGUCAAGUGGUACACUAAACUGGGCCUCCAAAAAUACAGUGGCCCCAUGGAACUAUCCCUGAGGCACAUUCACCCAAACGGUGGUCUAAUUGGCAAAGUGUCAGCAGUUGUAUCUCGUAUCUAUCCAAUUAUCUACCGCGAAACAACAUCAGAUGGUCAAGUGAUAUUUCGCAAUGCUAGGAGCGAGGAGAGAGCCCAAAUGUCCUUCACCAAAAACCGUGACUCUGUAUCCACCUCAUCAACACUCAGGGAUGUGAGACCUUGUUUGAAGAUAAGAAUAACGGAUGGUUGUGCACAUGGAGUCGUUACAAUCUGGCAGAAUGCCGAGGAAUGCAGUGAGAUGUUCAAAGAAGGUAAUUCGAUCUCGAUAAUUCAUGGAAUAGCGUCAGGCAAACGAUCCAGUGAACUGCAGAUCAAUGCCACUAGGUGGACGACAUUUGAUGUGAGAAUGUGUGGAAAAAAAUUCUCCUUUCCGGAGAGAAUUUUCACACCGCUGUCUGACACAAUGACCCAGGGAUUUUCGCCUAAUUAUGGGGAGUUUGAUACUGUUGGUAUUGUUGUUUCAAUUGGGCCAGCUCCCCAUGGAAUGAAGAAUUUUGAGACUGUUUAUUUGGCGUAUCGAAGUGAAAAGGGAGAGGACAGCUUUCUGUCGAUUCUAUUCUGGGAGGGAGUUGUGGCGUAUGGAUAUUCUGAUAUAGCGACUAUUGGGUCAAUUGUUUGUUGUAUCAAUUGCGAGUGGAGGAGAAAUACUUAUCGGAGUAUUCCCACGGCAUUCUGCUCGGAGAGGACCAUCAUUACACGUAAUCCUAGACAAGGCAGUCAUCUGAGGAGUGAGUUUGAUGGGCUCAGGCAUCGAAUUGGGGACACUUCGAAUUACGUUGAUGAUUGUGCAGCGAGAAUUCACGCGGAGGUGAUGAAAAAAUCGGGGUCGGUGUCGGUUACACCUGGAAGGAGUGUUGAGGUAACACCUAGGGACAGGAGGAGCACCGCUAUUAAGGGGAGGCUGGAGAAACUACAGGGGUAUGAACCCAUGCCCAAACUAUCGCCGAUCAAUCUCGCGGGGAGCUCGAGGGUAUCUCUCGACUUCAAGUCGCCAUUGGCGAGAUCCAACAGGACUGAGUCGGGGGGGAGGAGGUGAUGGUUGAGGUGUGAGGAUAGUUUUUUUGUUUUUGUAUAUUUUUGAGUGAAGCGUUUGGAGAAAAUAAAAUGAUGUUCAGUUCCUGGA